CGGAGGCGGGCCUUCGGGCAGGCAGGAGGUGUGGCGAGGGGCGCUGUUCGGGGUCCGCGGCGCAGCGACCCUCGGCCGGGAUGGCGGCGGCGGCGGCGGCGCGUAGCGUUUGGGGCGGGCGGCGACACGUAGCGCUCAGGCUGCCGCCGAGAACCGGUGUUCCCUGGAUCGCUUCGGCCGCCGCCUCCUCCUCUGUGCCAACAACCAAACUGUUCAUCGAUGGGAAGUUUGUCGAGUCCAAGACCACAGAAUGGAUCGAUAUCCACAACCCAGCCACAAAUGAAGUAGUUGCUCGUGUACCCAAAGCUACAACUAGUGAAAUGGAGGCAGCUGUAACUUCUUGCAAAAAGGCUUUUUGGAACUGGUCAGAAACAUCUAUUUUGAGUCGCCAGCAAAUCUUCCUGCGUUACCAACAGCUCAUCAAAGACAAUCUGAAGGAAAUUUCAAAACUCAUCACCUUUGAGCAAGGGAAGACCCUGGCUGACGCUGAGGGAGAUGUGUUCCGAGGCCUCCAGGUGGUUGAACACGCUUGCAGUGUGACAUCUCUCAUACUGGGAGAGACCAUGCCCUCCAUCACUAAAGACAUGGACACUUGCACCUACCGUCUGCCCUUGGGUGUGUGUGCUGGCAUUGCACCGUUCAAUUUCCCAGCGAUGAUUCCUCUCUGGAUGUUUCCCAUGGCUAUGGUUUGUGGAAACACAUUCUUGAUGAAACCUUCUGAGCGUGUGCCAGGUGCACUCAUGUUCCUUGCCAAGCUGUUUCAGGAUGCUGGUGCCCCAGACGGGACUCUGAAUAUCAUCCAUGGACAGCAUGAAGCUGUGAACUUCAUUUGUGACCAUCCGGAUAUCAGAGCUAUCAGCUUUGUGGGAUCUAAUCAGGCUGGCGAGUACAUCUACGAAAGAGGAUCCCGGAAUGGCAAGAGAGUCCAGGCUAACAUGGGAGCAAAGAACCAUGGUGUGGUGAUGCCAGAUGCCAAUAAAGAGAACACCUUGAACCAGCUGGUUGGAGCUGCCUUUGGAGCAGCUGGCCAACGCUGUAUGGCCCUGUCUACAGCAAUUUUAGUGGGAGAAGCACAGAAAUGGUUGCCAGAGUUGGUGGAAAGAGCCAAAAAUCUACGUGUAAAUGCAGGAGACCAGCCUGGAGCAGACCUAGGGCCUCUAAUCAGUCCCCAGGCCAAGCAAAGGGUUUGCCACCUGAUUCAGAAGGGAGUAGAAGAAGGUGCCAGUCUUCUUCUGGAUGGACGUAAUAUCAAAGUGAAGGGCUAUGAAAACGGCAAUUUUGUUGGACCAACGAUCCUUGCCAAUGUCAAGCCAAACAUGACUUGUUACAAGGAGGAAAUCUUUGGACCUGUCUUAGUGGUUCUGGAAGCAGACACUUUGGAUGAUGCAAUUGAGAUGGUGAACAAUAACCCCUAUGGAAAUGGAACUGCAAUCUUCACCACCAAUGGAGCCACAGCUCGGAAGUAUUCUCACUUAGUAGAUGUGGGGCAGGUGGGUGUCAAUGUUCCAAUUCCAGUACCUCUGCCCAUGUUCUCUUUCACUGGUUCUCGUGCUUCUUUCAGAGGAGAUACAAAUUUCUAUGGCAAACAGGGAGUGCAGUUCUACACACAGCUGAAAACUAUCAUUUCUCAAUGGAAAGAGGAAGAUGCCACUGUUACCAAGCCUGCUGUGGUUAUGCCAACUAUGGGGAACUAAAUCAGCCUUUAAAGAUGCUGUCUCUGGUGCCCCUCUCUUUCCAUGUUGCAAUUGUCCUGACUAUCAUGGUUUCCUUGGGAAUAAAUAGAAAACUUCAUUUUCUAAGGGCCUCUUUCUAUGUAGAUCAGGCAAGUUUAAAAUGCACAGUCUGGGUUUUCUGUUGCUGUGAUUGUUUUUGUAUAACUACAAGGAAGAAACUAUCCUAUCUAAUUGAAAGGGAAAAUAGAUGGGCUUUACUUUGUGUUUCUUUCUAGACCUUCUGAACAUGAACGUUUUUCUGCUUUCGGCUUCAGUACUUCUAGCCUUAGUGAUUCACUACCAGCUACAUCUUGUAGCAGUUUUCUUUACCACUUUCUUACAUGUUGAGAUUGUGAGCUCACCAUACUCAGAUGAGUAUUCACUUUGAGUCAUGUGACUGGGACACUUUGGAUGUGUCACAGAAGUGACUUCUACGUACAAUGAAGACAGCAAGUUUUGGAGUUGCAACUGUCAGUCUUUCGUCAAUUGAGGAAUUCCCAAAAUACCUGGGAAAUAUCUUUCUAAGGAUUUUUCGGGGAAGCACAUUUGAUCACUUGUCUAAGGACAAAAUAAAUACCUGCAUCGCAUAGUAACCUUCACUGUGCCUCUUACAGCUGGAAAUUGUUCCUGUUGUGCACAUGGCUUGCAUUCUCCAGCUUACUAUCAGUUCCAUUAUACCUGGAAGUUGGUUGGUGCCUUUUUGCCUUUUUACUAACAGUAAUGUGCCUGCAGAUCCUUUAAGAUAGUGGAACUAUGGAAGCAGAAACAUGUGUGUAUGUCUUGCAUCAUAAGAUCAUGUCAGUGUAGUUGGUAGGAAGAAUAGGUAAACAGGUCAGUAGGAGGAAACACCUGAUUUAAUCACAAAGCAAUUAGGCCUGUUCUGUGUGUUUUCCUGAAUAUAAAUGUAUUUUUUGUGUGUGUGUUUGAUCAACUCUGUCACAUUUGCUCAAAUACAGUCAUGUCCUCUACGGACUGCAGAUCUCAGUGCUAGAGAUGGGUAACUCUUGCUAUACCCUGUUCUUAUACAUGCAUUUGGAGCUGGAUAGCUUAUAUUUUUAUUCUUGCUUCCUAGAAGAUGAAGCCAUGAGGGGGGAAGGGAAGGGGAAAAUCUGCAGGGACUUCAUUCAAGUACCCAUGGAAAAUGAUACUAUUCUAAAUGAUUGUAAUCAUUACUUGUUCUGAUUAAAACAAUCUGAAUGUGAAGACUCUGUAUCCUGCCUUCUGAUAAAGAUACAAUGUAACACAUGAUUAUUAGAGUAACUACUGGUGAUCCACUAAUGUUUCUAUCUUAGUUUGUUGGUUUUUUUUUUUUCCUUCUGCUAUACUCUAGAGGGAAAAUUAUCACCUUGCAAUUUGAUUAUGAAUUAAAAAUUUGCUAAUCACUGCAGAAAGUGAUUGCUCUUGAUAAGAUAUUCUAUAGGUGUUCUGUUGACCAUAUUACCCUCUUUGCAGAGGCUGGCAUACCAAUUUCUUUUGUAACCUCUGUAUAAAUCCUUUUUUUUU